AUGUACUUUCCUGCAGCAAAUCUUUCACUCGGCCGAGAACAUCUAGUUAAUCAUGUUCGGCAGCAUACGGGAGAAACUCCUUUCCAGUGUGGAUACUGCCCUAAAGCAUUCACCAGAAAGGAUCAUCUUGUGAACCACGUUUCGGCAGCAUACAGGGAAUCUCCACACAAGUGUUCGUUCUGUACAAAGUCGUUUACCCGUAAGGAGCAUCUUACGAACCACGUGCGACAACACACCGGCGAGUCACCUCAUCGUUGCACCUUCUGCGCUAAGUCUUUUACAAGAAAAGAACAUCUUACCAAUCAUAUCAGACAGCACACGGGUGAAACGCCACACAAGUGCACGUACUGUCCGCGCGCGUUCGCUCGCAAGGAGCACCUCAACAACCACAUCCGCCAGCACACUGGCGUCACGCCGCACUCCUGCUCCUACUGCAACAAGAGCUUCACCCGGAAGGAACAUCUCGUCAAUCACAUACGACAACACACGGGCGAAACACCAUUCAAAUGCACAUACUGUGCCAAAUCGUUUUCUCGUAAGGAACAUUUGACGAAUCACAUAAAUCUUCAUACGGGAGAGACGCCGCAUAAGUGUCCCUUCUGCACCAAAACUUUCUCAAGAAAGGAACAUUUGACAAACCACGUCAGAAUUCAUACAGGCGAGUCACCACAUCGUUGUGGGUUUUGCCAGAAAACAUUUACACGAAAAGAACAUCUAACUAACCACUUAAAACAACAUACUGGCGACACUGCGCAUGCGUGUAAAGUAUGUUCAAAACAUUUCACCAGAAAAGAACAUCUUGUAGCACACAUGAGAUCGCACAGUUGCGGUGAACGGCCGCACACUUGUGGAGAAUGUGGUAAAUCGUUUCCAUUGAAAGGGAACCUUUUAUUCCACGAACGCUCUCACAAUAAGGCUAACGCCAAUAACGCUAACAGACCAUACCGGUGUGAAGUUUGCUCCAAGGAAUUCAUGUGUAAAGGACAUCUGGUGACGCACAGGCGAACCCACACGGAGCAGGGCGAGGGCGCGCCGCCCAGCGCGGAGGCGGCGCCCGAGCCUGACGACUGCACUGACUGCAAUAAGUGUAUCAAAGCAGAGCCCGAGCAUACUGACAGAAAACUCGAAAUCAGGACCUCUGUGGAUACUAGACCAGACGAAAAUAAUAUGGCACAGACUCAACAAAAUACUGCUAGUGCAGUAAUGCAAAUAACAAAUCAGCAAGUGCGAGUGGGCACUUCGAGCGCGGGCGUGGUGGCGGGCAGCGGCGCGGUGGCGGCGGCCACGUUCAGCCACGCCGUGAGCGCGCAGCACCACCCGGGCGCGGGCCUGGCGCACCACCCCGUGACGGUGAACUACUAG